AUGUCGCCGGUUGCAAAGGGAUUUAUCAUUACUGUCUCAGCGCUUGUCGCUGCUGGCAUCGCAGUCUAUGAAUCCCCCCAGUUCCGGCAAUGGAUUUACAAUCAGCGACGUAAACUCGCGCAGACACUACACAAUCUAGGCGAUGAGGUCCAACCUCGAGAGUCCUUAUCAUUCCGGGAGGAAAUGUCGAUGACUGAAGAGCCCGGAGAGGUGGCCGAGGAGCGAAGACGAGCUAUCCGGGAGGAGUUGGAGCGACGGAGCGCACUGCUUAUGGAGCGGAGUAGAAGGAAGAGCAGCGGCUCGCCCCCAUCCAGUUUCGAUGCAAUAGUCGACAAGGACGGUCGUCUGUUGGAUGAUUUGGAAAAUGACCCUGAGCUUGCCACUGAUAUUCUUGCCAACUCGACAGCUAUAGACCUCGGAUCAUCGCAACUGGUUCAGCGUGGCAAACAAGGCGCAGCCUCAGACGAGAAUAAGCCGCUGCCUGACACGCCAGCUCCGCAAUCUCGUUCCGCCACUCCUGUGCAGUUGACUCCUACAUCCGAAGAACCAGAGCCUGAUUUCGGACUCAUGCACUCGCGACCGGAAUCUCGCCGCUCGUCAGUCGGCCAUACAGAGGGUACUUCGUCCACGCAGUACUAUGCACCUUCAGCGCAACCACCGCUUAACGAUACGCAUCAAAACCUCCAGUCUCCGUUUUCUGAGUUUUCUGACUUCGAGUCGGUGAGCCAAGGACACCCCGAACGUCCAUCUACGCCGUCGACCUCUAGUGACUUUAGUCAUGUAUACAAGUAUGCGGCAGAUGAGUCGUCCGAUAGUACAUUGAGUGAUCUUGGACAGUUACGGUCUGGAGCUGUCACUCCGGCUGGCUGGUCGGAGGUUGGUAGCGUGAUCAGUAAUGACGAAGUCAACUAUAACAAUAUCUGGCAUGAGUAG